AGGGGGUGUGUGUGUUUUAAAAGGUUAAAAAUCUGGCCCUAGUCCCCUCUUCAGCAUGGAUUUACAACUCUCCUCGUGAGAUGUGUGGUUAAAAGCCUGCAGUACCAACCAUGCACAGCAGGUGGCAGCAACAAUCUUUACAGUAAAAGCCCCGUCUCCUGGAAACACCCAAACAUUGCUAUGAACCUUGUGAGAGCAAGGAGUCACUAAAACGUGAGCUAUGAAGAGUGCAGAGAGGGGAGAGAGAAUGCAAAAACAAGCCCAAAAGCGUGUGACGUACAGCGACACAACUGACAUGGACCCAACAGGAUCUAGAGUGGAGGAGAAACAUGAAGGAGAAUCUAUAAAUGAGGGUGCGGAGGUGUUUGAGGGUCUCUGUGACCGGAUGCUAUCAGCUCUCUCCCUUGUACAAACCAGCGUAUCAGAGGUCCUUGACUUGAAAGACGAAGUGCUUGUUCAGAAUGUGCCAAGCUCCCUGCAGACUCUGCUGUCACUCUGCACGGCUCGGCUCUUUAGGAGCCUGUUGGAUCUUUACGUCCCCAGCAGAGAGCUUGUCCGUCUGGUUCGAGUGUUUGGUCCCCAGUGGGAACAGAAUCUUUUAACCCUAAAACAGCUGCAGGAAGAACAUGAGAGGCUGCAGCGGCUUCUGUCCUUGGCUAUGCAUCGCGUGCAAAAUUUGGAGGCUCAGUCGCACAGAGAUGCACGGGGUCAGCCAAACAGGAACUGGGAGAAGCUGUUUGUGAGACUAAUGCGCAUGGGGCCGUACAAACCUUCCCAGGAAAUGAUACAAGAGUUAGAAGGCAGCAGCUCGCGAGGGCAGACCACUUCUCAGGAUACAAGAGAUGCGGCAUUGCAUAAGUCGCCAUUCGCACGUAAUGGGAUGUAACACAGACAGUGUAAGGAUACCUGAAGAAGAGAAAUGAAACAAGGAAGCAAUGGGAAGUAGCAAGUGUCUGGAGCAUGGAAUGCUGGGAUUGAUUGUGGCCUCCGAAACAGAAGGGGCGCUGUGGUAGCAAACCUAACUAGGAGAGAUUUGUGGCUUGGUGUCCGGUGGAUGAAACUGGCAGCUCUGUGCACUUUGGUUGCAGCCUAUUAGAUACUUGUUUUCCUUUUGCUAUCAUGCCGUGUUCAUGUUUUGUAAAUGCAGUAUGGAAUAAGCAGGCUUUUUUUGGGGUGGAUUUAGAUUUUUGACAUGAUUACAGCUUAUGGACUCUAAGUAGGCAGUUGACAAUACUGGGGGGCAAGUGCUUUUACUGGAGCUGAUUGAACUACAACUCACUUACUUUUUGUACUGCAUUGGACUGUUUAUGGACACUAAUGGGCUCUCACAGAGACUGGAAUGGAAACAGCCCCCUCAGCAAAAGUGAUUUCCACUGACGUGGGGUGGGGUUGUGCGCCUUUAAGAGAUGUUUUUGUUAAAUAAAGAAGACAGCAGCACAGUUUCUGCAUGAAUGUC